AAUGCUUGAACAUUCAACUACUGAACAUUCAUGUACUGAACUGCGUAAAGAAUGAACAUUUUAGCACUUUGUGUAGUCGCCUUAGCAACCAUUUCCAGUUGUCUGAAACUUCCUUCUAGUUUCCAAAAAUGUGACAGAAGACGAACUGAUUUCAACCAGUGUUUAAGCAAAGCUAUCCACGGUGCUAUUAUAUCGUUAGAAAAACCACUAAAAUCCCAUGAUUUACCGAGUUUGUACGAUGUUGUGUUUCCACCCGAUUUGUUUGUCGAACUUGGAAAUAGUACUUACGGCUUAAAACAACAAUUUAAGAAUCUGAGAUUUACUGGUUUGUCCAACCCACGGGAUGUAGCUGCAAGAAUGGACUUUGGCGCGGUAACCCAUAUUUUAACAAUAGAGGCCACGUAUUCUAAAUUCAAGUGGUCAGCUGAAUGGAAAGCUGAAGGUACUGUGGUUCUUCUGCCUUUAAACGUUGUGACACCGGUUGAGGUAAUUUUUGUUGAACCAAUAUUUACGUUGAAAUUUGAUUUGCAAAAGCACGAAACAGGUGGUACCUAUUUUAGAGUGGUUGGUACUGGAAUUGAGAUACAAACACGAGGUCUUAUAUUUGAUUUUAAAAAACCCUUCCCUAGUGAACGUUUAAAUCGUGAAUUUAAUUCCGCGAUGACCGAAAAGUGGGCUGAAAUAUUUGCACUGGUUCAGCACAUGGCACAGAUUUAUUCACCUUUCUUUGGUACUAUGUUCAAUGGCUUUUUGGAAAAAGUACCAGUUGCUGAGCUGUUUGAGGGUUAAUUUUGUAUUUUGUCUAAAGUUUCAUUUGUAAUUCUUUUGGCUUAAUGAUGCGUAUCGUUUUUUUCUUUAUCUUCACUUCUUUUAUACAUAUAUAAGUAUUUUAUUCCAUGUACAAUGUUUUC